CUCUCUCCCGCGCCGCGCACAGCCCACCUCCCCGGGAGAAGCCCACGGAGCGCCGCGUCUCCGCCACGAGCUCUCGGAGUCGCGCGACCGGCCGGCCGACGAUGGUGGCGGCCCCGCGAGCCGGCUGCGGGGCAGCGCUGUCGCUCUGGAUGCUCGGCAGCCUCCUCUGCAGAGCCUGGACGGCCCCGGCCGCGUCCCAAAAAUGUGAUGAACCGCUUGUGUCUGGGCUCUCCCACGGAGCUUUCAGCAGCUCAUCGUCCAUGUCUGGGAGCUAUUCUCCGGGCUACGCCAAGAUCAACAAGCGAGGGGGUGCUGGGGGAUGGUCUCCAUCUGACAGUGACCAUUAUCAAUGGCUUCAGGUUGACUUUGGCAAUCGGAAACAGAUCAGUGCUGUUGCAACCCAAGGAAGAUACAGCAGCUCAGACUGGGUGACCCAGUAUCGCAUGCUGUACAGUGACACUGGGAGAAACUGGAAGCCCUAUCACCAGGAUGGGAACAUCUGGGCAUUUCCUGGGAACAUCAACUCUGAUAGUGUGGUUCGUCAUGAUUUACAGCAUCCAGUGAUUGCCCGCUAUGUGCGCAUUGUGCCCCUGGACUGGAAUGGAGAAGGCCGCAUUGGGCUCAGAAUUGAGGUCUAUGGCUGUUCUUACUGGGCCGAUGUUAUCAACUUUGAUGGCCACGUUGUGUUGCCAUAUAGAUUCAGAAACAAGAAGAUGAAGACCCUGAAAGAUGUCAUUGCUUUGACAUUUAAAACCUCUGAAAGUGAAGGGGUGAUCUUGCAUGGGGAAGGACAGCAAGGGGAUUACAUUACCCUGGAACUGAAAAAAGCCAAGCUGGUCUUCAGCUUAAACCUAGGAAGCAACCAGCUCGGCCCCAUCUACGGCCACACGUCCGUGACGACCGGGAGUCUUCUGGAUGAUCACCACUGGCACUCCGUGGUCAUUGAGCGCCAGGGCCGGAGCAUCAACCUCACCCUGGACAGGGGCGUGCAGCACUUCCGCACCAACGGAGAGUUCGACUACCUGGACCUGGACUACGAGAUAACCUUUGGAGGCAUACCUUUCUCUGGGAAGCCAAGUUCCAGCAGUAGAAAGAACUUCAAAGGCUGCAUGGAAAGCAUUAAUUACAAUGGUAUCAACAUAACUGAUCUCGCGAGAAGGAAGAAACUAGAGCCCUCAAAUGUGGGAAAUUUGAGUUUCUCGUGUGUGGAGCCCUACACAGUGCCUGUCUUUUUCAAUGCUACCAGUUACCUGGAAGUGCCAGGACGGCCGAACCAGGACCUGUUUUCAGUCAGUUUCCAGUUCAGGACUUGGAACCCAAAUGGUCUCCUGCUUUUCAGUCAGUUUGCAGAUAAUUUGGGCAAUGUGGAGAUUGACCUCACGGAAAGCAAAGUUGGUGUUCACAUCAAUGUCACGCAGACGAAGAUGAGCCAAAUAGACAUCUCCUCAGGUUCUGGAUUGAAUGACGGACAGUGGCAUGAAGUUCGUCUCCUAGCUAAGGAAAAUUUUGCCAUUCUCACCAUCGAUGGGGACGAGGCUUCAGCUGUUCGAACUAACAGUCCUCUUCAAGUUAAAACUGGCGAGAAGUACUUUUUUGGAGGUUUUCUGAACCAGAUGAAUAACUCCAGUCACUCUGUCCUUCAGCCUUCAUUCCAAGGGUGCAUGCAGCUCAUCCAGGUGGACGACCAACUGGUGAAUUUAUAUGAAGUGGCACAGAGGAGGCCGGGGAGUUUUGCGAACGUCAGCAUCGACAUGUGCGCCAUUAUAGACAGAUGUGUGCCCAAUCACUGUGAGCAUGGCGGGAAGUGUUCGCAAACAUGGCACAGCUUCCAGUGCGCUUGUGAGGAGACGGGAUACAGUGGGGCCACCUGCCACAACUCGAUCUACGAGCCUUCCUGUGAAGCCUACAAACACCUGGGCCAGACGUCCAAUUACUACUGGAUAGAUCCUGAUGGCAGUGGACCCCUGGGGCCUCUGAAAGUCUACUGCAACAUGACAGAGGACAAAGUGUGGACCAUAGUGUCUCACGACUUGCAGAUGCAGACCACGGUGGUGGGCUACAGCCCAGAGAAGUACUCAGUGACACAGCUCGUGUACAGCGCCUCCAUGGACCAGAUCAGCGCCGUCACCAGCAGCGCCGAGCACUGCGAGCAGUACGUCUCCUAUUUCUGCAAGAUGUCGAGGUUGUUGAACACCCCAGAUGGCAGCCCUUACACCUGGUGGGUCGGCAAAGCCAAUGAGAAGCACUACUACUGGGGCGGCUCCGGGCCUGGCAUUCAGAAGUGCGCCUGCGGCAUCGAGCGGAACUGCACAGACCCCAGAUACUACUGUAACUGUGACGCGGAUUACAAGCAGUGGAGGAAGGACGCUGGCUUCUUAUCCUACAAAGACCACCUGCCAGUAAGCCAGGUGGUAGUUGGAGAUACCGACCGGCAAGGCUCAGAAGCCAAACUGAGCGUGGGCCCCCUGCGCUGCCAAGGAGACAGGAAUUACUGGAAUGCUGCUUCCUUCCCAAAUCCAUCUUCCUACCUGCACUUCUCUACUUUCCAAGGGGAAACUAGUGCCGACAUUUCUUUCUACUUCAAAACGUUAAUCCCACGGGGAGUGUUUCUGGAAAAUCUGGGCAACACGGAUUUCAUCAAACUCGAGCUGAAAUCUGCCACCGAAGUAUCCUUUUCGUUUGAUGUUGGAAAUGGGCCGGUGGAGAUUGUGGUGCGGUCGCCCUCCCCUCUAAAUGACGACCAGUGGCACCGGGUCACCGCGGAGAGGAAUGUCAAGCAAGCCAGCUUACAGGUGGAUCGGCUGCCGCAGCAGAUCCGCAAGGCACCCACGGAAGGUCACACGCGCCUGGAGCUCUACAGCCAGCUCUUUGUUGGUGGCGCCGGGGGCCAGCAGGGCUUCCUCGGCUGCAUCCGCUCCCUGAGGAUGAACGGGGUGACGCUGGACCUGGAGGAAAGAGCGAAGGUCACGUCCGGGUUCAAAUCCGGCUGCUCGGGCCACUGCACCAGCUACGGGGCCAACUGUGAGAACGGAGGCAGGUGUCUAGAGAAAUACCACGGCUACUCCUGCGACUGCUCGCACACGGCCUACGAUGGCACAUUUUGCAACAAGGAUGUUGGCGCAUUUUUUGAAGAGGGGAUGUGGCUACGGUAUAACUUCCAGGCAUCGGGGGUCAGCGGCAAAGAAUCGGGCGUCAGGUCAGACAGCUCCCCUGAUCAGCAGAGCACCCCUGCCGACCUGGCACACGAGGGGAUCCGCUUCAGCUUCAGUACCUCCAAGGCGCCCUGCAUUCUCCUCUACGUGAGCUCCUUCACGACAGACUUCUUGGCAGUGCUCAUCAAACCCGCCGGAAGCUUGCAGAUUCGGUACAACCUGGGCGGCACCAGGGAGCCCUACAACAUUGAUGUAGAUCAUAGGAACAUGGCCAACGGACAACCCCACAGCGUUAACAUCACCCGGCACGAGAGGACCAUAUUUCUCAAGCUCGAUCACUAUCCUUCUGUGAGUUACCAUCUGCCGAGCUCGUCUGAUACACUGUUCAAUUCUCCGAAGUCGCUCUUUCUAGGAAAAGUUAUAGAAACAGGGAAGAUCGACCAAGAGAUUCACAAAUACAACACCCCGGGAUUCACUGGGUGCCUCUCCAGGGUCCAGUUCAACCAGAUUGCGCCUCUCAAGGCGGCCUUGAGGCAGACGAACGCCUCCGCCCACGUGCACAUCCAGGGCGAGCUGGUGGAGUCCAACUGCGGAGCCUCCCCGCUGACCCUCUCCCCCAUGUCGUCCGCCACCGACCCCUGGCACCUAGAUCACCUGGAUUCAGCCAGUGCUGAUUUUCCGUAUAAUCCAGGCCAAGGUCAAGCUAUAAGAAAUGGAGUCAACAGAAACUCGGCUAUCAUUGGAGGGGUCAUCGCUGUGGUGAUUUUCACCAUUCUCUGCACCUUGGUCUUCCUCAUUCGCUACAUGUUCCGCCACAAGGGCACCUACCACACCAAUGAAGCAAAGGGAGCAGAGUCCGCAGAGAGCGCCGACGCCGCCAUCAUGAACAACGACCCCAAUUUCACAGAGACCAUUGAUGAGAGCAAAAAGGAAUGGCUCAUCUGAGGGGUGGCUCUUUGGCUAUGGGAGAGGGAAGGGCGAGUUAUUAGGGAGGAGGGAAAGGGACAAAAGCACCCUACUUCAUACUCUUGAGCACAUCCUUCAAAUAUCAGCACAAGUUGGGGGAGGCAAGCAACAGAAAAUUCUGGAGAUGGAUUGCCACAAAAAAAAAAAUACUUUUUAAUAUUUCUUUAUAGCUGAGGUUCCCCUUCUGUAUCAACUCAAAAUAAUACAAAAAAUGCUUUUAGAGUUUAAGAAAUGGUUGAAAUUUGUAGGUAAUACCGUCUUAUUUUGUGUGUGUUUAGAGGUGUUCUAAAAAACCCAUGGUAACAGGGCAAGUUUUCUACAUUUUUAAGAGCCCUUAGAAUGUGGAUAUUUUUUCUUGAGAAAAGCUGAUGCUCAUGGCCUCCAGCAUUCUCUUUCUUUUGCAUAUAGUCGAUUUGUAAUGGGCUAUCGUAGUAACUAGUUCGUGUUCAUACAGUAUUUCUUUUCGUGUCCUGUAAAUUGGAAAAGGAAAGAAAGGGGCAAAGAGAACAUAUUAUCUGCCAGGUUUCAAAGAGUCCUCAAUCUAUGCCAAUUCUCUGAGAGCUCCCGCCUGAAACAGGAAGGAAAGAAGGAAGAGAGCAUGGUCCCUGCUGUGUAACAACAGAACCAACACAACAGAGAGAAGCAUUAAGAACCAGGGAAGUAGUCUUCUGUUGGGAUUGUUGGUGUAUCUUUCAUCAAAUUCUACAAGCCAGUACUGUUCUUGUGUGUAGUCCUAGACCUAUUCACUGUCUGUGACUGUCAGCUAUAAUCCAGUGGUGAUCAGCUGUUACAAAAGAUUUCUCCUCUGCUUUACCUGCAACAUGUUAGGUUAUGUUGUAUGUUUGGGGGGGCAUCUCAAUGGGGAAUUAGAGCCAGAUGUUAAUGAUUUGCUCGCUCUGUUUCUUUUAUAGUUGUAGCAAGAGUAUGGACACUUUCUAGUGAAUGCAUAAAUUAGGUUGCUCUAAUUUGCUUUAAAUCUCUAGUUUUGAAGCCCCUGUGACAAAAUCCUAGCAGACCAGGUCCUCUGAAUGGACAUACCACAAUAAAGCCAAGUUAUGCUUGCUAUCAUUAUUGCUUUACUCGGAAUCAUAUGGAAAACACUGCCAUAUUUUACACCAUCUACUCCAUGAACUGCUGUUCCAUCCUAAAUAGACACACUGCCAUGUUCGGAGAUAUCUUUGACAGAUACAUUUGAACCAGGUUCAUGACAAACCUGGUAACUGAUGCUUGCCUCUCAGAGAAUGGACACAUGUAGAUAGCUACACAUCAGUCUAAUCAGGAAUCCUGACCAACUUUUUCCAACAAAUAACUCCUGGAUUUUAUUUAAAAAUGAUUGACUUUGUAAACAAAUGGGACAAAGCUCCUAUUGGAGCAUCCAAAAAAAAAUAAUUUCAUUUAUUUAUUUGUAAAAACCACACAAAAGUUAUUUCUAGGAUCACUACCAUUUAUGAUCAUUUUAGUUC